GUCCAGAAAAGCCACAGCGUAUAACCAGCGACUAGUGACUCAUAGAACCUGGUGUCGAUAUGUUGUCAAGCUUAGUAUCUAAGACAAAGUGACUAUUGACAUUGUCUCAAUCUCCUCCCUUUAUUACACAUCAAGAACGCUCCCUAGUUCUAUAGGACGCUUUUAUCACACUGGCCAGAGCUAGGUUGUUCGGUUUACUCUUCGAGGACGAACUGGACUCAACAUGGCUCUCACAUUGUACGACAAAAUUUACCGAGAGCAUCUGGUUGACCCUGACAACACGACAGCACCAUUGUUGUAUGUGGACGCUCACUUGAUCUUCGAAGUUCCUACCGCACAGGCCUUCGACGGACUCAGAAAGAAUUCCAGGCCUGUCCGACGGACUGAUCUGACACUCGCCACGGUCGACCACAAUGUUCCGACAGACGAUCGAUCCAAAUAUCAGGAUGCCGCGUCGUUUGUCACGGAGCCCCAGGCUAGAACUCAGAUCACAUUGCUCGAGAAGAAUCUCAAAGAGCACAACAUAAAAUAUUUUGGCAUGUCCGACCGAAGACAGGGUAUCGUCCAUGUCGUUGGCCCAGAGCAAGGCCUCACACUGCCAGGCUCCAUGAUUUUCUGCGGUGACUCACACACACCAACACAUGGAGCGGUGGGCGCGCUGGCUGUCAGUGGAGGUACUUCAGAUAUCGAGCAUGUGCUGGCAACACAGACUGUGCUUCAGAAGAAGUACAAGAACCUCCGCGUUUGCGUCGAGGGUGAGCUCGGUCUUGGUGUAUACUCCAAGGACAUUAUCCUACACCUGCUGGGUAAGAUCGGAACAGCGGGAGCAACAGGAUGCGUCAUUGAGUUUUGUGGAUCUACAAUCCGAAAUCUAUCAAUGGAGGCAAGAAUGGUGCUGUGCAACAUGAGUAUCGAAGGUGGUGCUCGAACCGGACUUGUUGCACCCGACGAUGUCACCUUUGAAUACCUCAAAGAUCGCCCUCUUGUUCCUUCUGGGGCCGAUUGGGACCACGCACUUGCAUACUGGAAGACCUUAUAUAGCGACGGGGAUGCUCACUGGGACUUCACGGUUACAAUAGAUGCUGCGGAUAUCACUCCAUCCAUAACUUGGGGAACCUCGCCUGAUGAUGCUAUCCCAGUCACUGGCAGGGUUCCGGAUCCAGCGGACUAUGACAAUACCGAGCCUUUCAAAGCUGCUGCAAUCCGGAGGUCUCUGAAGUACAUGGAUCUGGAAGCCAACAUGUUGGCCACAGAUAUCAAGAUCGACCGAGUGUUUAUCGGAUCUUGCACGAACUCAAGGAUUGAAGACCUGAGAGCGGCUGCAAGGGUUGCAAAGGGCAGAAAAGUUUCGGAUUCGGUCUAUGCCAUGGUUGUCCCAGGCUCAGGACUGGUGAGGCAGCAAGCAGAAAAUGAAGGUCUAGACGUGAUCUUCAAAGCCGCAAAUUUCGACUGGCGCGAAGCUGGUUGCUCCAUGUGCCUAGCCAUGAACCCUGAUGUCUUGUCUCCUGGUGAGAGGUGUGCAUCCACGACGAACAGAAAUUUCGAAGGGAGGCAAGGGCCAGGGGGUCGGACCCACCUCUUGUCGCCAGCAAUGGCUGCUGCUGCUGCAAUCGAAGGCCACAUGACUGACGUGAGAGAUUUCUUGACCACCGAGAACGGAUCAAUCAGGAUAACCAAAUUGACGCUUGGUGGUGACACGGUCAAGAGCUAUGGAUCCGUUAGAGUGACCGCCUCUGCCCCUGAAUCUGCUCCCAAACCCAAGGACGAAAUCGUUGCCAAUCGAGCUGCAAGGCAUGCGGUGAAGAGUGCUGACGGUAUCCCUAAGUUCGACACUGUUUCAUCAGUUCCCGCGCCAUUUGACAUGCAAAACAUCAACACAGAUCUGGUUAUUCCAGGUGCCUUCCUCAAAACUAUCAAGCGGACUGGUCUGGGACCCAAUCUGUUCCGGGACCUUAGAUACGAUAGCGAGACGCACGAAGACCUCCCUCAAUUUGUUCUCAAUCAACAACCUUAUCGCAAUUCGAAAAUUCUAGUUUGUACGGGAGAGAACUUUGGCUGCGGGUCAUCACGAGAGCAUGCCGUAUGGGCUCUGGUAGACUUCGGCUUUCGAUGUGUCAUUGCACCGUCCUUUGCAUCCAUCUUCUUCAACAACUCCGGAAAAAAUGGGCUUCUUGCAAUACCUCUCGAUGACACCCAGGCUUUGGAGAAAAUCCACGAAGAAGGCCUGGCAAAGCGUGAGGUUCAAGUAGAUCUGCCCAACCAGGAAAUCAGGGAUGAUGGCGGUAAUCUCAUCGCAAAAUUCCAAGUGGACGCUUACACGAAGCACUGCUUGAUCAACGGCGUCGACGACAUCAGUAACACGCUUCUGAGUGAAGAGAAGAUCUAUGACUUCGAAGUCAAGCAAAAGGAAAAGUUCCCUUGGUUAUUUGGUCGUAUUGGAAAAUUGCAGCCCCCAAAACGACUUGGGCUUGCUCUUCCCGGCGCGAAAGAUAAUUUUGACUGGUAGCUUACGCAUGUCUGUUAUAUUUGUUAUCAGAUACACCAAUCUACUGCUCAAAGCCUCUCAGCAAAGUUCUAGGCCUUCGGUCAGGCUCGCAUUUCACCUGACCAGCCUAUGGUAACCGUUUGCAUUUCUCCAAAGGUGGCAUCUACUCAACAAGUUUCAUGGCUUCAAGCACCGAAUCUACAAGUAAACACU